AUGAAAAAAGAAAGUGAAUGUGUGAAGGUUGUGGUUAGAGUAAGGCCCUUUAAUCAGAAGGAGAAGGAAAAUAAUAGUAAACCUUGUGUGAACGUGGAUGAAAAAUAAAAUGUAGUUGAACUAUUAAAGGUAUGAUAUAAGGGUAAUAUAUAGCUUGCUGAUAAUGAGACAAAAUAGUUUUCUUAUGAUUAUGUUUUUGGAAUGAAUGCGAAAUAAUCUUACAUAUACGAAAAGACGGCAUUCAAUUUAGUAGAAUCUGUAAUUGAUGGGUAUAAUGGGACAAUCUUUGCUUAUGGUUAAACAGGUACUUUAUAUAGUAAUUUAAGGGUGCGGUAAGACCUUCACUAUGACAGGAGUUCCUGAGAAUGUAACUAUUUGAUUUUAAGCUUUUAGGAGGAACUUAAGGGUAUCAUCCCGAGAACAUUCACUCAAAUAUAGACGAUUAUUGACACAAACACUGAUACAAAGAAGAAAUUCUUGGUCAGAUGUUCUUUUCUUGAGAUAUACAACGAGGAAAUUCGGGACUUAUUGGGAAAGGAUCAUAAGGCCAGAUUAGAAUUAAAAGAGUCUCAAGGUUCCGUCUCAGUAAAGGAUUUAACCAUGGUUACAGUAAAAACUGCUUAGGAUAUGGAUAAAUACAUGACUCUUGGUUAGAGUAGCAGAUCUGUUGGAGCCACAGCUAUGAAUGCGCAAUCAAGUAGAUCUCAUUGCAUUUUUACUGUGUAUGUUGAAAGCUAGAUAGUAGAUGCUAAGGGGAGUGAGUUUAUCAGAGUAGGAAAACUUAAUUUAGUAGAUUUAGCUGGAAGUGAAAGAUAGUCAAAGACUUAAGCCACUGGAGACAGACUUAAGGAAGCAACAAAGAUUAAUUUGUCUUUAUCUGCUUUGGGCAAUGUGAUUUCAGCAUUAGUAGAUGGGAAAACUCAGCAUAUUCCUUACAGAGAUUCAAAGUUAACCAGAUUAUUGUAAGACUCUUUGGGUGGUAAUACCAAAACAGUAAUGAUCACUGCUCUAAGUCCUGCUGAUUACAAUUAUGAUGAAACUCUCUCUAGUUUAAGAUAUGCAUCCAGAGCCAAAAUGAUCAAAAAUCAACCUAAGAUCAAUGAGGAUCCAAAGGAUGCUUUGUUGAAAUAAUAGGCUGAUGAAAUAUCAAAAUUAAAGGAAUAAUUAUCUAAAUUACACAAGAAUGGGGGAGUAGGAGGCUCAGAGAAAGAGAUUUAAAAUAAUAGUAAUGCUAAUCAGAGUUUUUAUGCAAAUUUAAAGAAAUAAUAAGAGGAUCUUGAAAUUGAGAAGAUUAAAACUGAUGAAGUUUAGAAGGAACUUGAAAAACUGAAAUAAGAUAAUGAGAGGUUAAUGAAGGAGAGAAUGGAAAAAGAGGAAUAGAUGUCCAGGCAAAAAUAAAGAGAACUUGAAUAAUUGAUAAAAGAUAAUGAAAAGUUAUAAAAAGAAAAAGAAAAAGUAUUAGAACAAAUAGCAGAAAAGGAGUAAAAAGCUGUGGAGGAAUAAAAUUUAAGAUAGAAAUUGGAAGAGUUAAUGCAAGCAAAGGAGAAGAUGGUAGUUACAGGAGGAAAAGCAAGUGAAGAAGAGAAAAAGAAGUAUCGUUUAUAAUAGAAGAAGCUGAAAUAAUAAAGUCAAGAUCAUGAGAAAUUAUUGGAAGAAAGAGAGAAAUAGAAGGAUGAAUUGUAUGAGAUAGAGCAAAAAUAUCAAUCAGUCUAAGAAGAAAUUGAGGCUUUAAGGAAAAAAAAUUUGAGAUUGAGGAAAGCCCACAAAGAGGCUAUGGUAGAAAUAAAGGACAUUCAAAAAGAAAAUGAGUAGGACAAAGAAGAAUUACUUGAAAGUAUCAGAGCUUUGGAGAGAGAAAAUACAUUAUAUUUACGAAUAUUGUUAACCUUGUUUAAAGAGGACGAAUUGUAGAGUCUUAAAGGCGAUUGUGUUUAUGAUGAAGAAAAGAAAGAUUAUAAGGUCCCUCCUUUUAUCUUUAAGCAGAAUAAGGUGUCCUAUCCUUCCUUGCCUUACAAAGAAGGUAUUUUUUUACUUUAUUUUUUAACUAGCUCAGGAGUAUAUUGAAAACCUUAAAGAUUAAAGAUAAUUACAAAUUAACCCUAAGCAGGAUAUGCUUGAGAAUCCUGUUAGAAACAAUAGUAAGAUGCGUUCUGAAGAAACCUAAUUAAGAUCAAAUAGUCAAGGUUUUGAUUAAAAAGCCAGAUAAAAUCAAAUGUUGUAGUAACAGAAGUAAUAGGUGGAAGAAUUAGCGAAAUUAUAUCCAACCUCAUAAACACCUUAGUUGGAGAAAAAACAAAAAGUAUAGCUAAGUCCCAUUGAAAAUAAAUCUGACCGGCCUCCUUCAACUCAACAUAGUGAUAAAAACAUUUUCAAAUAAUCUCCUUUAACAAAAUAGAAAGAACUAUAAGUUCCCUAGAAACCACUUAGCAAAAUUCCUUUGGGAAAACUACCGCCAGAUAUUGAUAGAAAGAAUUAUCAUUAAUGAGAGGAGAAUUAAUUUGGUAUGUCUAAAUAUU